AUGGCUACUGCUAAUUCUUCUGAAUCAACAUUACCUACCCUUGCGGUGGAUGAUGGGAUCUUGGUCAGUGACAAAAUGCUGACAUAUUUUACCAUGAUAAACACACUGGGAAUCGGCCAAAGUAUGACAAUCUUAGGUCUGAUUGUCAACAUUCUCAACAUCAUCGUCUUUGUCCGACAAGGUCUGCAAGACCCGGUGAAUAUCAGUCUUCUUGGACUGAGUAUUUCAGACUUUGGCUCGUUGUUCUUUCAUUUCUUCGCUAAUCUUUCUUGGAUGCCAGACAUACAGAUGUUGGACCUGCCAUUUUACCCUGGACAGUUUAGUUAUUUCUUUGUAUGGAUUCAUAUGGUUUUCACUAGAGUGACCACUGGAACAACCGCUUGGAUCACAUUCGAGAGGUGUUUGUGUAUUGUAGUUCCUAUGAAAAUUAAAUCAAUCGUCACGCCCAGACGGACGAUACUGUUUAUUGUUGUGCUAAACGUCAUAAUGUUUGCUUCUGUUGCUCCCGUACUGUAUACUACACAAUUUAUUUGGAUGUUCGAUUCGCACCGAAACAAAUCUAUUUUAGGGAUUAUGAAAACCGCAGGUAGUGGAUACAUCCAAAAUAUUGCUUUCUGGAUAAAUAACAUCCUGCCAACAAUUUUCUUCAUUUUCAUCACUAUUUGUACCUUUAUUCUGGUGAAAAGUUUACAAAAACAUGCAAAGUGGAAGGAGCAGACAGUAUCUUCUCCGAAUCAAAAAGACGUUUCAAACAGGGACACCAAAGUUGCUAAAAUGGUUUCCAUCAUCUCCAUUGUAUUCAUUUUCUGCUACGCCCCUGGGACAAUACUUUUUAUAUUUUUUGUUGUAUUUCCAGAGCUGACUUUUGCUGGCAAACAGAGAAACUUGCUUGUCGGAAUUUUUACAAUUUUACUUCAGUUGGAAGUCGUCAACGCAACGGCCAAUUUUUUCAUUUACUUGUCGAUGAGUUCAAGGUUCAAAUCUACUUUUAAGGAUAUAUUCUGCGGAAUUUGCAGUGCAGUGAAUCAAACGGCAAAUAGCAAUGUUCCAACAGUAUAA